AUGUUCCCGAUUGAAGCGGGUCAGAUCGAGAGGAGCGACAGAAUCAUCCCUUCAUUACCAGCUCCUCGAUGGGUGGAGAGUGAAAAGUCCCGUGAGUCUAAGAAGUUGACACUGAGUGAUUAUUACGAGGCGUUGCUGCUGCUGCCGCCGCACAUGUCCCGCUGCUCCGCUCUCUGCAACUUCUUCAGGGUCCGAGUGGAGGACGAGAACCCACAAGGAACCAACACACUGAAAAACAACAAGACACUCGUUGAAUCCCAAGAGAAGACUAGAGCCAACGCGUCUGAGAUUUCAGGUCCGAUCAUCUUGGACACGUAUCGAGCGAUCGCAGACUUCACCAAAACGUCCAAACACGAGAUAAACCUCCGCGGCGGAGACUUGGUGGAGAUCAUUGAGAAGAAUCCCAACGGAUGGUGGUUCUGUCAGCUGGAGACUAAACACGGCUGGGUCCCGGCUUCAUAUCUGGAACCUUUAGACCGACCCGAAGAAGAGGAGGAGCCAGAGCCGGACUACGAAGGAGAACUCUACAUCACUACACAGUCGUACGAAGCCGAACAGGACGAUGAGAUUUCUCUGGAGAUCGGAGAAACCAUCGUCGUGAUCCACAAACUGCUGGACGGGUGGUGGGUGGUGAGAAAGCAGCAGGAGACCGGACACUUCCCGUCCAUGUUUCUACAGAGAGCUGGAAAAAAGGCAGCGUUAGAACAGAUCAACCCUCUGGGCUCCAAGCUGCCUCCACGAAGGUCGACCAUCAGAAACGCCCGCAGCAUCCACAGCCGCUCAAAGCCCAGUCUAUCGCAGGACGUGUACCGCAGGAACAGCCGCCGCUUCCUACAGCAGAAGAACAGCGCUCUGUCGCCACGGAAACACUCCCUCGGAAACGCCAGGUCGCCGCUACGAGAGGCGCCAAGUCAAGCCGCCGUCCCAGAGGUGAGUUCCGACUCGGAGCAGAAGAAGCCGGUUCCGGUGGUUCCUCCCAGACCCAGUGCGGAGCUGAUUCUGCAGCAAUGCACCGACAAAACCCGGCAACGGAUCGGACUCCACAGCGCCACCACAACCUCCGUCAGCUGA